CAGAGAGCGAGAAAAGAAAAAGCAGCUGGAGCGGAGCUUUGACAUCGCUGCGUGGAAAGAAGACAAGACUCCCGCGCUUGGCUCGAGAUUUUUGGGCCACAAGUGCCGGGAGCCUUUUGGCCAUGAAGCCGAGCAGUGGGACGGCCAAGCCUGAUGAUAAGGCAAAAGAAUCAGGGCAGAAGACCGCACAUGAAGUGGAACACAUUGUGAAGCAGGCUAACGAACUCAGCGCCGGCGCAGAGAAGCGAAUUGAGCAGAAAGAGAAAGCUCUCGAAAACCUGGGGCUUCUUCAGGAACAGUUCGAGGAGAAGGACAAACAACUGCAGGCAUGCCAAGCUCGGUACACGCAGGUGAUGAAGGCUCUGAACGAGAAAAGGGCCAAAAGGGACCACCUAAAGGAGCAGGUGGAUGAGUGCAAUAGGAUGAUGGCAGGAUUGGUCAAAAACACCUUGGACAACAGCCGCAAGGCCCAUUUCCACAACAAGGAGCUGCAAAGUAGCUACCAAGCUGGCGAGCGAGCUGCCAUGAGAGGUUUUUCCUCGAACAAGGACACUGCGCCUCAUAGAAUGGGAGCUACACAGGAUAAGACACGGUUGCUCAGCAAGACUCGAACAGGAGGAUUUGGCGCCACGGCUGGGAGUGUGUUGGGAAGAACCACUUCCGCGCCAAACCUCACCGGCAGUCAUGGUCACGAUAUGUCAUCCGUGCCUUCUCCCAACUGAGAUGGCCACCUGCUGGAUGCUGGAUGCAUGCCAAAGGCAUCGUGUUCAGCGGCGGCCUCGUGAGACUUUCAAGCAAACCCUCCUCCGAUCUUGUGAGAGCAAUGCCACACUAAGCCCCAACAAUGUUUCGGGAAGGAGGCUUUGCACCGUGACCAGCCCAGUGCACAACUUAAAGCUGCUAGAUGCCGUUUGCAAAUGCAUGACAUCUAGCUGCUGGAGUGUGAAGCUCCAGUCUGCAGACCGGACAAAAGUGAUUGCCGAUAGGCCAUGAUGGUCAAACGUCAUGAACACAGACGCCUCCCCAGGAAAGUAUGCCCCUCCUGCGUUACAUAUGCGCACGCACAAAAUAGGUUCCAAAGAAAUCAUAUAAAAGGUUUAUUGCAUCAUAUUGCAAUGUAGUUUUCUAUGUAGUUUUGUGGCUAGCUGGAGUUUUUGGCGCUAUCAACUUUUCUCAUGCGACUCACCCAGGGUUUGGCUCAGCCGUGACUCGACACAAUGCCGGACUCUGGGGACGAGGAGCUCAGCUUCUCAACAUGGUGGAACAUCUCGGAGAAGAGGAUGAACCGGGCCAAAUCUUUGACCCGGGACCUCUUUAUGAGUUUGCGUCAGAAUAGGCUUGAAGAGCAGAUGAAUCCCGAUGCUGGCUUGGACCAAGUAGUUCGAGAGCAGAAACAGAAAAAAGAGAGGGUCUACCGGCGAGCGCGACGACACCAGAAUGUUAUCGAUGCGUCUUAUGACUGUAUUGAGGACUUGGCUCGCGCUUCCAAGAAGGCGGUCGAUAGCAUUACGCAGCUCACCCAUGAACGCUACAAGGGCACAGCCAACAUUCAGAUUUGUGAAGUACGCCAAGAGUUGCGUUGUGGGCGGCCGCAGCCGGAGCUCUUCAGGGACAUUCUUGAUGAAGCACUUGAUGCGGAGAAGAGCACUUUGCUGAGCCAGCGGGAAGUGCUCCUGAACAUGGAAGAAGAAGGCAAGGAGCUGAUCAACCAAAUGGCUGAGAAGAGAGCAUUGCUGACGCGGAACUCCGGUGAGAGAAGGGUGAACAUGCUUCAUGAUAUCAGCUCUUUGAAUCAGAAGGUCGCAAUGCCCCCCAAACGGCCGCCCGACGGGAGCCCCACCAAGUCGAACCGUGGUGAUCAAGACAGCGGCCCAAGAGAGUACAAGCAGAUUUCUGAGCUGAAAGAGGAGUCCAAACAAGUGCUCGCGGAGACGUCUGAACUCCUUGAGAGGGCUUGGAACCAUCGGAAGCAGACGCUGGAGACCGUACGGCAGUUCAGCACUCGCAGAGAGACUUGCCAAAGCUCGGGCAGAGGCUAGUUUGACGAAGCGGGUGGAGCAGCUGUCUGAGAGGAAGUCGGAGCUAGAGACACAGCUGCGGGACUUGAGAUCCUCCUGCUUGAAGGGUGAGCGUGAGCUGGACAGUUCCUUCCGGAAGCUCUCCCCAACUGAUACGACCAAAAAGGAGAAGCUUGAGGCUGAUAGAGAGCUGUUGAACAAGCUCUGCAGACUUCGCGACAAGGUGGCAGAGGACGUACGGUGCAAGUCGGUGGCUCUUGAGAUCGACAAUACUUGCAAGCGUGUGAAUGCUGCGAAGGCAGGGGAGGCCAAGCUCAAACAGACUGGAAUGGGGAAGGAGACGGUGGAGCGCUCCCAGAGUUGCCCGGCCUUAAGGAAGAGCCCAGAUCGGCCGGGGUCCUCUCACUCGGGCACUCCUGGAGGGUCCAGGGCGCUCAAGGCUGGUGGGGCGGCCGUCGGACCCUUUUCUCCGUGAGAGGCUACGUGCAGGUUUUCGACGGGCCGGGAAGUGAGUGGUUUGAGCUGCCAGGGUAGGGCAGGGAGAUUUGCGAGAUAGGGCAAUUCCUUUGUGAGGUGCACUUUCGUGAGUUAACUGUCAAAUCAUCCGGCAUUUGUUGGUGGUUCUAGUUUGUGGCCCAACCCUGGAACUCGGCUUGCGGGGCUCCCUGAAAGGGUGGCCACGCUUGCGCCGAAAGAGCCAGGCGAGCAAACGGUCUCCUGAAAGGAGCCGAUUGAGGCAACAGUUUGAGGGAUCAUGAAGUGAACUCUCAGUUCGCGCACGAGAAAUCUGAAGUUGUGAGCCUAGGAGAUGCUUGAGGGAUGGGACGAUCUGUUUCUAUUUUUGGUGCAGAUCCUUGCCACGACAGCUGUGGCUUUUGGCUCCUGAUCCUGAUCCUUGGUUAGUCUGAGCCCAAACGCU